AUGGACUCCAUCAUCCGUUCUCUUCUUUAUUCAACUACGAUGAGUUACAAGAGCAUGGAGUCGUCCUCUUCGACCGUCUCAUUUGCCGUCAUCCUGUCCGGAUGCGCCUUCCUCAUCAUGGUCACUGCCACUCCGAUCCUCUUCAUUACCAUGGGAGACAUGGCUGCUCAACUAGAAGCUGCGAAGUCGGGGUUCGAGGAAACAUCUAACGUUCUGUGGAAGGAGCUGGUCAACAAUGAAAACCACCGAAGAGUUGUCAGGCAAACUUGUGAGUUCUUUUCACUUUCUUUCACUUUCUUUCAAAUCAAUCAUUUUCUUAUUACAGACAAGGAAGCCGGAACCGGAGGAGGUGGUUCUCCAGCUGAUGGUGCUCCAGAAGGAUCCGGAGGAGUUGUGGUUGACAAUUCUUGCCCACCUGGACCAAAGGGAGAGCCAGGAACUCCGGGUGAACCAGGAACUGACGGAACUAACGGAACACCAGGAAAGGACGGAACUGAUGGAAGUAACGAGCAGCCAGGAUAUGCCACCGGAGACACUUGCACUCCUUGCCCAGCUGGGCCGCCAGGAGUCGCUGGAUACAAGGGAAAACGUGGACCUCGCGGAGAAAAGGGAGACAAGGGAGCUCCAGGAAACUCGGGACGUGAUGGUGCUCCAGGAGACGACGGACCAGAGGGAGAUCACGGACAUCCAGGACCGAUGGGACCAGCAGGAGAGAAGGGAUCGGCCGGAGAGGACGGAAAGGGAUUCGCCAAGGGAGCGCCGGGACCAAAGGGACCAGCUGGAAUGAACGGACUUCCAGGAGACGAAGGACUUCCAGGAGAGCGUGGAGAGGACGGAACUGGCGGAGGACAAGGAGAGGCAGGGCCACAAGGACCACAAGGAGAGAAAGGAGCCGAUGGAUUCCCAGGACUGCCAGGAACGGCUGGUUCUUCCGGAGAAGACGCCGCUUACUGCCCAUGUCCAUCAAGAAAGGGAGGAGACGCAGGAGUCGGCGGUGGAAAUGAUUAUGCAUCUCCAACCGCUACUGAAUUCGAGGGAUCUCCAACUGUAAGUACUCCGUAAGACUAGAAUUGCGCAUAACAAGUGUUCUUUUUUUUCAGGGAGAAUCUGCACCAUCAUCCGCCGAAGAGAGCCCAGCUGACGUUGCCGCAGGAGCUGCCGGAGAAGGAAGUCCUGCUGAAGGAGCAUCUGGAGAAGGUGCUCCAACAGGAGAAGGAGCACCCGCCGAAGGAACUUAUGCUGGAAAAGAAGGUCCAUCCGGUGCAUCGGCCGGGGAAGGAGGUCCAGCUGGAGACACCAACUACCCGACGAAGAACAGAGCCAGAUUCAGUGCUCGCCAGCGUGCUGCUUCUCGUAUCCGCAGAACGUUCUAA